UCUGCCUCUCCAGAUUGUCUCCCCUGCUUUAUUUCAGGCUUGGGAAUGGAGAACAUUGGUGGAAUCUUCGUGGUGCUCAUCUGUGGCUUAAUCGUAGCAAUUUUUAUGGCAAUGCUGGAAUUUUUGUGGAGCCUUCGACACUCUGAGCAGUCAGAGGUGUCUGUGUGCCAAGAGAUGGUGACGGAGCUGCGCAACAUCAUCCUGUGCAAGGACAGUUUCCACCCCCGGCGGAGGCGGGCGGGGGUGGCACGGACUCGCCCCGCACUGCCCGAGGAGCGCCGAGCCCGCAGCACCACCACGCUCAGCAACGGCAAGCUGUGCAGCGGGGGCGAGCCGGACCCCCUGGCACAAAGACUGGCCCAAGAGGCCGCCCUGGUCGCCCGGGGCUGCACCCACAUCCGCGUGUGCCCCGAGUGCCGCCGAUUCCAGGGGCUCCGAGCGCGGCCGGCCGCGGGGUCACCGGCGCGGAGCGAGGAGAGCCUGGAGUGGGAGAAGGCCACCAACAGCAGCGGGCCCGAGUAAUGCCAGGACUGGGGGCACCGGGGUGGGGCGAGAGGGUCCUGUUCCAUUUUACAGAACACGGACUUGUACAAUGUCAACUCGUUUUUAAAUCGAUAGCGGUUACCCGGCUUCUCCGGAGCGAGCGGACCUCGGGGUGGACGCCAAGGCGGGGGCCUGGCCGGAGGUUUGGCUGUGGUUUCGGUGUCCACCAUGGCCUGGCGUGGAGGGAAGGAGGUCCUGAGGCUGGUGGGUGUCCAGAGGUGGUCUCUGGGAAGGAGGGACGCCGUGGGUGUAGCAGAUAUCCCCACCCAGGGGCUGCAGGGGUUCUUGGAACAUCUCCCCUCCGAGGUCAGGAGGAAGGACACUGGCGCUGCCUCUCCAUCACUCACCGGGGAUGCUCUCCAAGGGCAGGGGUGGGACUUUUUAUUUGCCGUGGAUAUGGGCAGGGAGGAGUCAUUAUUUUGGAUUUUUUUUUUUGUUUCAUUUGGGUAUGUCAGGACCCAGUCUCCAAGGCACCAGGUGCUGAACUCUUCUUCCUUUGCUGAGUGUGGAAAGGGGGUUGAAGGGGGGAAGGGGAGGAUGGGAUGGGGUGGGACACGCUCCCUGUGAGAAGCAGCAUUUGUUGGAAGUCCAUCUGAAGAGUUGUUAAAAUUACAUAUAUAGAGAAAUAUAUCUAUACAUAGAUAUAUAUAUAUAUACAUAUUAAAAUGCCAAAAAAAACAGCCAACGAACACAGUGAACUCAAAGAGGCCUUGAAACGCUUGGAAUUUCAGGGGUUCUGUGUCUUUUGUUUCGUUCUGGGGUUAUCUUUCACUUUUUUAUUUUAAUUUUCUGGUUUCGGGAUGCGGGUGGGGGAGCCUUUUGAGGGAGGUGAGGUGGGAGCAGGAGAGAGUGGGGGGCUGCCCAUCCCCAGCAGCGAGGGAGGAGGUGUUGGGACCCCCAAAGUGUCCCUGGCUGUGCUCUGCACGCCCCUGAGGUGACCCUGAGCUCUCCCCAAAUCCGUGACCCCACGGAGCACCCUCGACUUCCAGGGUGAAUUCCAGCCACACAGCAUUUGAGAAAACCAUUAGCCUGGAAUCUCAUGUAAGGAAAAUAUUGACUUCCCUAGAAAGAGCAGCAGCUCACCCUCUGCUUGGUACAGAUGUGGGGUUUACACUGGCGAAUUUAAUUUUCUGAUUGAAAAAAAAAACAAAUUCUAUGCAAUUUCUGGUUGUAAAAGGAAAGAGAUGACAAUGGAGAGGGGCAGGGGAGAUAAAGCCUUGAGUGAAGGUACAUCCUGUUCUUGAAUUGUUUUCUUUUCUUUUUGUCUUGAAUGUACUGAAAUAAAAGA